UACCAAAGCAGACAGGUUUGACGCUCAGUCUGGCGUAUGCAGCCGACCUGAGCAGUCUGAACCUGAAGUCCUGGAGCCAGACCAAGAGGGGCUAAUCCAGCCUUUUGAGGUUGAGAGUUGGGGCUUUAUCGCUUCGUCCAACAAGUGUUGCAAAAAGUGCAAAUGCUGCAAAAAUAAAUCCCAUCAAUGGUAUGAGGAUACUGUUGUGAAAGAGGAAACACCGUAUACAGGCAUAAAAAGAAGAACAAACAAAGAAAUGCUAUGGGAUGACUUUGAACGGUCAUGGCGCAUGGACCUUUCCGUCUUUACCAAAAAAGACACAUUUGAUACAGGAAGCGGGCUGGGCGUCAAUACCCUCAUUCACCAUGGCCGAGUGUAUGUCCUAGCAGAUCGCUAUGGGAUCGGUCGACUGAUGGAUGUAUCACUGCAAAAGCUCCACCAAGCUUUGGUCAAGUCCAAAGUACCUGAAACGAAUCUCAACGAUAUUGUGGCAAUGGUACGGUUUUGUUAUGCAGAACUGGUCCCCGAAAGGUUGAGACGGUUGGUGGUGCAUUAUAUUUCCUGUAACUUGGAGACCUUAUGGAAGAUUAAGGAAUUUCAAGAGCUUGUGGAGGACUAUGGUAAUUUGGCAAGGGCACUUGUGGGGUCCAUGUUGUUGAGACUAGACUGAUUAAUGUGCACUUUCUACUUUGGUAUCAGG